GAAAAAUUCGAGUGCGGAGAUCCGCGGAAUAUAUGGCGUCGAAUUUUGUCGAAUGAGUGCGUGUGAUAUGCAAUAAUCGAACUACGUCAUUAAAAUUCGUGAGUGGUUUUGUAUAAACUUAGAGAAGAUAAACGCGAGUUAUCAGAAAUAGAAAUCACGCGUUUGGCGUGUCUCGAAACUCGAAACUCGUUCCGUCGCAUAUCGUUGCGCUGUAUUUCCAGCGAUUACACGGAGGACGUAGAGAAUUCUUCGCCAUUUCUUUCUGGUUGAAGAAAAUGGAGAAGUGCACGAGUAAUUAACAGAUCGUUAAGAACGUAAUGCAAUAACGGCGCAUCGGCGAGCGGAGAAUGAAACAGUGGCAAGAACCGAAGACACCUUUAUUAUCUAUCGAACAGCGAUAACGUCGCGCACGCCGACUGACAGGUCAUUGUCGAUUAUCUGCUCGAGCGCUUAUUAAGGCGCUUGGAGGUUCGUUAAAACGGUAUCCCGCCGAUUAGACUCGCCGCGGAACGACGCUAGCGGUCUGAGCGUCGAGCCUCCGCGUUGAGCGUCGUCGCGUUGUUCGAAAACGUCUUCGCCGCCGCCGUCUCUUUGUGGUGUGUCCCGAGGUACUCUUUCCGUCACGCUCGACGCCGAUCGCCGAGUCAAAAGAACGACUGUAUAAAGGCGGAUAAAAUAUCGAGCUGAGAGAGAGGAAAUACCGAGGCGACACGCAAGACCGAUGCGAUACGCGCCCGUUCUUUCAGCGUUCCUUCGGUGAACGGUGAUCGCAUCCCCGAAGAGAGAUCUCUUUCCCUGGGAGAAGGAAACAAAACAGCUGUCGGAGAUACGUCACGUUCGUUAAACGCGAGCGAAAGGAGAUUCGCUCGCAUCGAGGAAGAUUUAUCGUCUCGCAGAUUCGCGACAUCUCCGUCCUGAGAAAAUCCUCACGCAGCCAGGCCCGCCUUAAAGAAAUGGGAUUGGUAGAACGAGAAGCCGAGAUGCAAGAAUUGAACGCUCCCAGACCCGGAAGAUCGAGAGAUCUCUUCGGAGUGCAAUUAGAGGUUACUUCGUUACUCUUAGAAGGUGAACGCCGUAAAUUGGCAGUCUUGCAAAGAGAAUUGCAAGUAGCCCUCGAAGAAGGUGGAAGUGUAAAGGUGAAGGAGAAGCAACGACAGGAAUUGCUACAUGCUAUAUCAAAAAUUCAAGGACAACACGAGCAACUCGACAAAGAGUACAGGAUUCACGCUGCCGGUGUUCUUCUAUGCAACUCAAGAGGAUCCGGAAAGAGAAAGACAUUUAAAUGAACGGAGCGAGGGAAAAUGGAAGAGAGUGAAAAUGAAUUGUCGAUGAUGCUAAAUAAAUCUGUUGAAUUGAUGUAAGCGAUCCUAUAAAAACAGUGAUGUGUUUUAAAUCGCCAGAAUAAUCGAUCACAAAUGCUUUAUUCUUUUUAUUAUAAAAUUUUUUUAGGAGAUUCAGCUAUGGCAGAACGCUUUCGUUAUACAUUAUUUAUAACAAUCCAUAUACAU